UUCUUCAUAUGAUUAGCCACCUUAGCUAACGUUAGCUAACCGCAGUUCGAGUACGAUAGCUUACGGAAGUUUUCAGAUGACCUAACUACGUGGGAAUGAAACAAACAUCCAAAUCAGAACGAAAGCUUUUAACUUGAACAUAAGCCGACUUAGUGUUGAUUUCCUGUCAUGAAUGCCAAGAGGAUGCGAAGUAACUUUGGUUGGUUUGAUCACACGUUAGCUAGCGAAGGUGCCGCUACUUUGCAUAUCAGAUCUAACCUUUGGGCUCAGUGUUACCUAGCAACGACACUGAUUGCAACGGUUUGACACAACCUCACCAAGCUAAUUUCAGUCAGUGCGAUGGAAAAGCACAGUGAUUUUACCUGAUGACAUCUAAACCAAAGGCCCGGUUGGCAUCCCUGCCGCAGACAGAAAUCCUUGCAUACUGGGUGCUGUCCUUUGGCUCUCAUCUGUACUCUUUCUACCACCUGCAUAAGUUCUCCAAAGAGCAUGAAGCAGGAUUACAGAGGGAAUUCCAGUUGGAAAACGGUCUUCUUAAGGGUUUUAAAAGGGACCCAUCAGACUUUGAGUGGACUUUCUGGACUGAGUGGGCUAAGAGGUCUUUGCUGUGGACUUUGAUUGGUCAUGCUGUGAUAUCAAGACUGACCAGCAUCUUUUUCCCCAAGCUUAGGGUGCCAGCACUCACAAUAUAUGGCCUCUUGGCAGCCAGUAGUGUGUUGGGAAUUAAAGGUGUGAGUGUGCUGCUGGUACAGCUCGGCCUGUCCUUUUCAGUGGCCCAACUGCGAAAGCCUGCACUGUCAUGGACCUGUAACCUGCUGCUGCUCUCCACACUUCACAUCCAGCCACUUCAAGAGAUCCAGAGAGGCUGGUAUAAGACUGAGGAGGAGUACUAUCUGCUGCUCUUCAGUGUUGCUGUCUGUGGCCUACGCUUCAUCAGCUUCAGCCUGGAGCACUGCUGGUGCCCUCCGGACUGUGGUGGAGUUGUGCAGCUCUGUUGGUUGUUUUCAUACACCUUCUAUCAUCCUUUCUUCUACAAUGGACCCAUUAUCACUUAUAAAAACUAUGUUGAGCAGAUGCGAAGGCCAGCUGAGGCUAGUGACAGGAACGAAUCCUCCUUUAGUUACUUGGUGCUCAGAUCUGGACGAAUCGUAUUGUGGUGGUGCAUUGCAGAAUACAUGAUCCAUGUCAUGUACAUGCACUCCAUCCAGUCUAAUGAGACCUACUUAGAAAUUCUUCCUCCUUGGGCCUUGGGUGGUCUGGCCUUGGCCCUCGUCCAGUUCUUCUAUGUGAAGUAUCUGGUGCUGUUUGGCCUUCCGUCCAUGCUGGCUACUUUGGAUAAACUAGUCCCCCCAAAGCUACCUCGGUGUGUCAGCAUCAUGCACAGUUUCACAGGAAUGUGGAGGCACUUUGAUGAAGGUCUGUACCGAUGGCUCAUCAGAUACAUCUAUGUGCCUCUGGGAGGUUCACGGCAUGGUCCUCUUAACAAAAUGUUAUCCACCGGCCUUGCGUUUGGAUUUGUCUGCCUCUGGCACGGUGGCCAUGACUACUUACAGUACUGGGCUCUGAUGAACUGGGCUGGAGUUCUGGUGGAAAAUGGACUGAAGUCUCUGUUCGCCUCAUCCUUGAUUCAUUCUAUUGUUGAGCGGCAUUUCUCUGCAGCGAUUGAAAGACGUUGCAUUGCCCUUCUCUCUGCUUUCUCCACUGCCAUGCUCAUCCUCUCUAAUCUGGUAUUUCUUGGGGGUAUACAUGUUGGCAGAAUCUUCUGGAAGCGUGUCUUCAUGCAAGGCUGGUCCACCAUGGCCCCACCUAUGCUGGCCUUCCUCUACUGCUUUGCUCAGAUUGGACUUGAGCAGACUUCUCACCCACCGUGAGUCACCUUGACUUUGUAUCAGAGUGAGAGUCCCUGCUACCGGACAACCAGAACGGCCCACUGAGUCCAGUGCCUUGUCCUCGCCAGCCAGCGUCUCUGUGGCGAACCUGGCUCGUACCCACAGAACCUGUCCUAACCUGGCUGAAGGACAGCUGAGCCGCCACUUUUCGCAACCUGCAAAAUCUCUCUGUAAGCUGAGACUUAAAAGGAUCAUUUUUGAUUCCUUCUAAGAAGAGAGUUUCGUUUACUUGGGAAAUUUAGGUGCGCACAAACUGUAAGAGAAUGACUAUAAAGCUGUAUAUUCAGCCUUGGCAGUUUUGGGUUUUCUACCCAAUAAGCUUUGCUGAAUCACUUUUAUUCUAAGAAACUAUCAAAGAAAAUAUAAACCCUGAAUCCGUCGUGGUUAUAUUACUCUGAUAAGGUAUUGCUCAGUGGUGCAGUAAGCUGGAGAAAUGCUAAUUUCAUAUUUACAUCCUCCUUUAGCUCACUGCAAAAACAGUGUGGGCAGAGAAGACUAGAGAAUAGAGCAGCAGGAACCUGAUCAAAGUCAUUAUUUCCUCUACACAUGUAAUUGGGUAAAGUAUAAUGACACUAAUAUUAGAUGAAUUGCUUAAAACCUUGAGAGGCCUUACACUUUAGUUUUUAAUUCAGCGCAGUGACAAAGGUAGAUGACAUUUAUCCGCAGGAAUGCUGACGAAAGCUGUUUUUUUUAUUUUUUUGAACGAGGUUGCUGAUCGCCUUGUACCUCCAAAAUUUCAACUUAACAAUGACUCAGUCCAUAUUUGGAUUAAAUCCUUGUAUUUAAAGUUUCAUGAUUAUGAAUAGCCAUCCAUCUAUCCAUGUCAUAAUGGAUAUUAUCCGCUGAGUCAUUCACAGUUUCACUGAUCCAGCUGUGUCCUGAUACAUAAAAGUCAGGACAAUGUGGGUGUUUUUUGGGUAUGCUUAACUAAGAAACUUUUUCAGCUAAUCCAAAAUUCUAUUCAUCACCUCUUUGACAGCUUUUCAGGAAGUUUUCAGUUAUAUUUUGUUGAAGCUCUGAGUGUAAUUUUAAGAGCAUAAACCUGGUGUAAUUCUGUUUUUCCUUACAGCCAGCAAAUCCUGUGAAAUGAGCACCACCAACAUGUUAGUCCAUUUCUCAAUAUAUUCUGACUUCCCUGACCCGUGUGUGUGCGUGUGUGUGUGGCUCAUUAAUGUGUUUUUGGAUGACAAUGGAGCUCUGUGGCACAGAGGAAUAAGCCAUAUCAGGCUUUAACCACACACUCACUGAGUGAGACCAGCUCACUUCAGUUAGUUAUUUUUGCUAUUUUUAUGGGAUUCGUUCACAAUAAGAGGAAUGAGGGAUGUCACCAAACUUCAAAGACAUCAGCCAAACCAUUGAAAUCACUGGAUCAUAUUUCUUCAGCAUGUCCAGAAACAUGAAAAUGAUAUGAAAAUAUGUUUUUUCAGGGCUGAUGGUGAUUCUCAGAAAUUUCAGCUCACAAAAAUUAAUUUACAGUGGAAUCCAGAUAACUUGUUUGUCACAAGUUUUUAAAGACAAACUUUGAUGUUCUGGAAAGUGAAAAGAAGUUGCUUUAAAAAGCUUAUCUGUCUUUGUGUUUUGGAGCUCGCAAAGUGUGAUGUGGCAAAAACAGUCUUCUUAUUACUCCCAUCAUUAACGUAAAACUUUCUCUGUUCAUUCUCAUACCUCAGUAAUUGACUGUUGGCACUGUGUGUUCUGCACAAGUCUGUAAUCUUUUUUCUUUUUUAUCUUGAUCAGUGGUAAAUAAGCAGCCUUAUAUAAUAUAAAAGCUACUUAAUACAGGUACGGUGUAACGUUAAGUCUGUUGUUGCUGUUUUUGUGGUGAGCCUCAAGUGUUUCCAUUAGCUUAUUUCUGUGCUUGGGAUUAUCAUGUCUCCGAGUGGCACUAAGUUGGAUCAGUGUGAGCGGUGGGGUCAGUGAGGAAUCCUCUUAAAUGUGCACAAAACUGUGAGCUUUAUCUGACAUAAGGAGAUCAGCAGGAGAAUACACCUGCUGAGGUAUACUUUUUCUGAGAAAUGCCUUCAUCACCAGCAGAGGAGCUAAAACACCGAGACUGACAUUCCUCACAGGUCAGGCUGGAUGCUAUACGGAGCCUCUAACAAGAACAGUCAGGGUACAGUAUGUAUAAAAUAUUUAUUAUGAAUAGUACAGUCUGUCACAGUCCAUAAUAAAGAGUUCCCAUUGUGCU